AUGCUGUUUGCUGUACGAGAUUACGCAUUUCUACUUUUAAUUUCUGGGGUAGUGUGUAAUGAUGAGGCCAGUGUCCGCGUCACGGACGAGGACUUUGGAAAUGAGGCCUCGGAAAUUGUCCUUACUCCAACACUGGCACCUUCACAACCCGUGGAAACAACCAGUUUUAGCCCCAAAGUCACUUAUGAAACUCCUACCCUCAAUAAUCUACCAGCCUCCUCUUUGGCGCCACCAGCUGAGGGUGUGGAAUCAGUAAAUUCGGUCCCGCCAUCAUUUAUAACCACAGGAGGACUUUCAACAGAGGGAUAUCAGGAUCCGUCAGCGCCAGCACUACCUCGAACCGAUAAAGAAGGCCUGGUGACAACAAACAAUCCUUUCCCCUUUUUAACCACCUUAACCACACCAUUGGUGACCUUAAACGGAGCCAAUUAUACGGUAAAAGUUGGGCCGCUGACUGAAUUGGGGACGGACCCUUCCAAUGGCCUCUCUGGAAGUUCUUCUGUCACCGACACAUCAAAGUCGACUGACGCAACAACUGAGGAAUUAAUCCAGACCACUGAGACUGAACUACCGCAGAGAAUCACAACUUCCGGAAUCAAUGCUGAUGUUACCUCAUUGCCCAAUCUGACUACUUUAUCUGUGACCAAUUUAGUUGAUGAAAAUGGAAGAGAAAGCACUGGAAUAACUCCCUCUCCGACUGGCUCCAUUGUCACCGGUGCAAUCACACAUGGUGAAGCAGACGAGGCUACGUUUCCUCAAAAUGGAAUCAGUGCUUCAACUUUUGCUGGGUCUGAAAACCCAGGUGGAUCUACUGUUGGCCAAUCGACAACAGUAGCUACUUUAAGCACUGAAACAAAUCUGAAUGACAUCUCGACUACUUUUUCAUCGCAAGCUAAUUAUCAAAGCAAUGCUCCUCUGGAUGAGGAGCUUUCCCAAAACGAUAGGGCAUUUACAACUCAAACAGAUAUUCUACUUGGGCAGUCUAGCUCUCCGACGCCAUCGAAUUUUAAUUCGAUUAGCACAUUGGGAGCAGAGGACUCACAGACAACACAAUUUUUGACCACCAAGGAUGAUACCGCAGAAGAAACAACACAAUCAUUUUCUUUUGCCCAUUUUGAGAGCUCAGUAGCUACACAUUUUGACAGUCUUGACUCCAUCAUCUCAAGCUUAAACCCUGUUGACAAAAUGGACUCGUUAGGGUCUACAAUGCCAUCCAUCCAUUUAAACACUGAGGAUCAUUUCUUAACAACUUCCAAAGUGACAACUAUCGUAAAAGAGACUUUUUCUACAGAAGAGUACAACGAAAAGAUGGAUGGUACAACCGUAGAUCGCACAUAUACAACAGAAAUGCCCCUAAUGGAUUCGAUACUGUCCACCCUCCAACAGAGCGAAAAGGUUCUUUCUACUUUUGGAGACCCAAUGAAAUCAGACGAAGUGAUUUCUCUGGAUUCCAGUGGCCCUGCUUCGGCCCCAACAGUUGACUCUAGUUUUACUUCAAACGAACCCCUAACCCCGGUCACAGAAAUUGUGACAGCUAGCUCGUAUUUAUCAAGCAUGGCAACCGAACAAAGAACUGAUUUAGUCAGAAAAGAAACGAGUUCACAGCCAACGAAAGCAACUGACCCAAUAUUAACUCUUUCAAGUUCAACAUCAACAAAAGGUCCUAAAGACAGUAUUUCGACUUCGGCUGAUAUUACAGAAGCUCCAACUGAAUCCCCUUACUCUGAAUCUUCGAAACCUGCUCAAGUGACUAGCUCCUUAUUUGCAUCCCAAUCAUCUGUUGACUUAAUUUUGACAACUAAAGAGUCGACGCAUUCGCUAAAUGAGCUCUCUAGCCUCACAACUCCAGCUGGAUUUAUUUUUCAAACAACAGAAGAGUCCAGAAAAAGUACAAUAAAUGUUCUAACGGACACAACCUCCUACACACCAGAUAGUUUCGGUACCCUACCAAAAGGAACUCAGCCAUUGGACCUGGACACUAGUACACCAAGUGAAAAUGAAUCACAGAUGGAGUCAAACGAGAAUUAUGUGUGGACAACCGUGCAGCCAUCAGUGCCUAGUUCAUUCUCAGCUCAUUCUGGUGAUUGGUGGACGACAGCGCCAUCGGUACAGAAGGACAUUGUUACUAGCCCUGCUUUUGAGGUAGCAUCAAAAUCCAGUCAAUCCACCUUCACCACAACUUAUUCCGAAAUAAGCGAAACAUCUACGUCCAUUCCUACGACAGUCAAUGUCGACCCGCUUCCCACUACGUCACUAAUAUCAACCGUGGACCAAACAGGAGGGCAAUAUGUCACAGUGACACAUGGGAAUAACGAAGGUCUCAGCUCAGCCCUGCCGUCACAAAAAGCUACUGAGAGAACAAUCACAAGCCUGUUGUCUGAUGUUGAAACUGAAUUGUCUGUGCCUCCGACAGAAGUACAUACCUUAACAACCGCUAAAGUGCUCGAGGACUCUACUACACAUACUGCAAAGGUUGAAACUGAUGCGAUUUCAACAAAAUCCAGUGAAAAUAUUGUUCCCCCGCUCAUUUCAACCAAACGAAGUACGGAUUAUUUUACCGAGAGUGUAACUUUCCAGUCUAAAGGCACGUCAAGGCCGGAAGCGACUUCAAGUCAACAAAAGCCGAAGGAUGCAGAACAAGGAGUGGUGACUAUAGCCACGGCUCUCUCUAUGGGUUUGAUUUUCCUUUUUCUGUUGGUCCUAUUUUGCAUUCUCUCCGUGGCCUUGGUGGCUGGCUGGGCCCAGUGUCGUGGCCGAGAGAGUCGACGACCAAAAGUGAGCCUGAUUCGAGUAGAACGCGGUCUUGCAACCGAGCUUGCGGACAGUUGGAGCAAAGGAAGAUCCACCCAGGCUUGGCUAAAUUCACAACCACGGGCCACACUGAACACUCACUCACCUGCCUCUCCGUCAUCCCGACCUCCAGCUCCACAGUCUUCGAGCCCCACCAGACCGACAGUUCCUAGUUUUCAGUGUGGAUGCAAGAGACGACACCUGUUUGGUGAAUUGAACAGCCUUUGCAUGAUCCAUGGUAACCCCUCGAUGAAGCACGACAGGGAGACGGUGAGAGCCCUGAAAAUCAUUUCCCUCUCCGAGGAGUCCGAUGGUGGAGAGACUGAUACCGUCCUUUUGGCAGAGCUCGGCCGACGGCGUGCUAGUGGAGCUUCGAAUGCCACCGGUGAGGAGAACAUUGAAUCGGAAGUGGGAAUGGAAGCUAAGGGAACUAGUGAGUGGCUCUUCAUAGACGAGGCUUAA